AGACCUACUACAACAUAAACGAUUUUCCCGUGAACAAUAAAUUUUAUUUUGAAAUCUAACUUAACAAGGAAGUAGCUGCUCGCUUCACAAAAACAACAAAAGAACCGUCAAUGAGAUGCCAUGGGUGUGCUGGGGUUAACUACAUUUGUAGAAGGGAACAGAAACUUGCUUCAAGAUGUAAAGUUCAGGGACAGUGUCCUGGUUAUUGAUGGCUGCAGUCUUUUCUUCCGCCUCUACUUUAACCACGGUUUGGAUCAGCAGCAUGGAGGAGAYUAUGAUGCUUUUGCUAACCUGCUCACCCAGUUCCUUUCUGCUUUGGCAGCCUGUAACAUCCAGCCCUUUGUGGUCCUGGAUGGAGGGAUGGACCCCAGUGACAAGAAGUUYCCUACUCUGCGCCAGCGCCUGCAUUCCAAGAUCAAGGAGGCAGACAGCAUCUCUCGUGGCUGCAAUGGCUCCGUCCUUCCGAUUCUCACAAGAGAGGUCUUCAUUCAGGUCCUCGUCCAGAGAGGAGUCCCACUGGUUCAAUGUCCRGUGGAGGCAGACUGGGAAAUAGCAUGUUUGGCGUAUCAAUGGAAGUGCCCUGUUCUGACAAAUGACAGUGACUUUUAYGUCUUUGAUCUUCCAGGUAUGGGAAGUAGUAAACUUGUAUUAUCCUUAAACUGUAUUCGGGAUUUAUAUAUGAUGCUCCUUGUUGUCUUACUAGGYGGUUGUCUGCCCCUCCGUUUUUUCCAGUGGACCAACCUAAAUGGAAAGGCAUCCCAGCGCUACAUCUCAGCUCGGAWAUACAACACUUACAAUCUGUGUAGCUGGUUUGGGGGCAUGAACCGCGAGUUGCUACCCUUAUGCGCUGUCCUUAUUGGUAAUGACUACGGCGUUCUAAAAGAGKCCGACACGUUCCUGAAUCUGAUAGAUGCGAGCGCGUUAGGCCGAGGAGGUGGCAGAGGUAAAGGCAGAGCACCCGCUACACGUAUCGAGGGCCUCCUCAUUUGGUUGUCCUCCUUUUCGAAUGUGGCGGAGGCCCUGGAGGAAGUCAGCGAGCUGAUGGACGGGGCGGGCGGGAGAGGUAGGCGAGGACAGAGAGGUUGCUUUAGCUCUCAGCUGUGGGAUGCUAUGCAAGAGUACCGUAUAGAAGCCAAAAGUUCCCUCGCUCACUGGUUUUCAGGAGGUCAGGUAGCUCYGAAAGGGAAAAUGUCUGGGCUGGCUGAGCUGCCCGAGUUCUUGUCUUUGGCUGCAGCCCGGGGCCAGCUGGCUCCUCUGGUGGUUGAUGGCUUGGUCAUGCAGAGGGUUGUUCUCAUCCCACAGGUGGAGAGCAGCAGACAACCUAGCAGCCACUUUUGUUCUACGCCCAUACGUAAGGCUAUAUAUGGCCUUUUGCUGCAGAACACUCAAAGAGGUGCACAAGUCCAAGGAAUGGGAGGUCGAAGAGGGAGAGGGGGAAGGGGUGGGGGAGGGAGGGGUCAGAGCCACACGUUUGCUCCACAGAGCAUGGACCGUGCAGCUAGUGGAGCUUCAGUGCAAGCACAGAGCAGCCAGAAUUUUGUCGAAGAGUAUGACCGUUUGGAUCUAUMCUUCAAGAAAAACCAAGUGGAGGCACAACCCCCUAGGACCUAUAUACAUCUGGAUGGACUCAACCUGGCUCCUGUGGCRUUGCGACUUGGUGUCCUAUUAGAAGUCCUGGCAGUGAAGGAGUCCUCUCUGGCUCCUGUCCCGGUCCACCUACAACURGUUGUUGCAGUGACCGGAUUCUGGUUGCGCGAAGCCACACCRAGACCCUCGCAGACCCUGGUGCAGGCUUUGGUGCUUAACAUGGUUUAUGGGGAGUUGUCCUGGAACAGCCAGUCUGGAGGCACGACCCACCAAUAUACUGAGCGAAGCRUCUUGUCAGCACUGGAUCAGCAGCGAGUGAGACCAGGGGAGAGACGGGGACUGGAUGUCGGGGCGGCUCACAGUUUCAGCCAGUGGCAGUCCUGCCUGUGGUGCGCACURUGUCUCAAUCAGCUGUUGCUGAUGCCUCUGCCCCAACCCCAUCUGCCAGGGUUGUUCAGUGGGACCUUGGUGCAUGGCCUCCACAGGUUCCUGAAAACAGGCAGGGUUUCUGAGUCCUUAUUGCCCGGAGGAUCCUUACCUGGGCGAGUYUACUCCUGCCUUCUGGAUGCUGUCAAGGACUGCAGCUUCAAAGCAAAUGCCCCUUCUCUGACACACGGGAGGAAGAGAAGGGGCAGAGGUCGAGGCAGACGAGGAAGAGGUGGAGGCGAGGCGAGGGGCGUGGAUGAGCUGAACAACAGGUUCACUCUUCUUACGUGUGAGGAAGAGUAUGAUUGGUGAGGCGGCAGAGAAACAUGAAUUUACGCCUGGGAUGUUCGGAGAAAGCUUUAAGAUUGUUUACCCACUGAAAAAUGUCGCCUUUUAAUUUCUAAGGCAAUUUAUUGCACUAAUUUAAMCCCAUUAUCUGAAGUUUUGGGACCAUGUUAACUUGUAAAGUCAGGCUGAGCAUCUGAUUAGAUUCUAUAAAACAUAUUUUUAGCAGUCACUGGUUUUAUUUCGUUAUGUUGGCACAAGAAUUCAACACAUAAAAGAGGAUUUUUAUCUAGAARUGGCCCUCCCAAAAAUAAUAAAAUAUAAUAAUUACCAUAAGAUGGUGGAGACGUCAUGCAAUUAAAACCACAAGAAUGGUAGCAGGUGGUUUUAUUACAUUAAUUAAAAUGAAUUAAUGAAUGAAGCGUCAAAAACCUGAAACACUUUGCUGACAUCAGAUUAUUAAACUAAACUGCACAGGAGGCUGCAGUUGGUCAAAGCCAACAACUUGGGAGGCUAGACUUCCGAGGGGGGUGGGGUUACACAAUAAUAUUUCAUUAUGUAAAACAAGUAUCUUUUACCACUUAAAAUGAAUUAAUUUGUUGCACUGAAUCUUAAAAAAAUGUAGAAUUCAUUUAGAACCAAAUCAGUAUUUUUUUUUUUUUUGGGAGGCCUCAUUGGCAGGCUGGAUGAAGUCAUCUGGCCCACGGGCCACCAGUUGAUUAUGCCUGGCCUAUAAGAUUUCACUGGAGGUUAAGGGUCUAUUUACAUUUUGUUUUUKCCCCACAGUAUUGUCAAACUCAUUGUUCUUUUGUAGUGGUCCUUUAAUCAAAUCAUCUAAAAAAAAAAAAUUGUAACUAAAGCAAUUAAUGAUUGUUUUUAUACUUUUAUUCUAUCAAUGCAAGUGUUGCCAUGAAAUUUUGUAUUUUUUCAUUAAAGGAAAAUAAAUGGAGACCAGACCAAAUGUAAAA